AUUCAUCAGCUCUGAGAUCUUCAAGCUUUACAGAACUGCUACAGAUUCUUUCUGUCGUUGUGAAGAAACAUCUUGAAGAAUGAGAAGCCUGAUGUGUGUGCUGUUCCUGGUGCUCUUCUGCUCUGUGCAGAUGACUUCAAGUGCUCCCCAUCCAAUUAUUGCACAAUCAUACUGCUGUGUAGAGUUCAAUUAUAGGAUUAUUCCUCUAAAGCAAGUGGUGUCUUACUACUGGACCAGCAGCACCUGUCCCAAUCACGCUAUUGUGUUUAAGACAGUUGCAGGGAGAGAGAUCUGUGUAGAUCCAAAGACGACCUGGGUAAGCCACCUUGUUCAUAAAGUGGACAAAAAAACAAUAUCUGUUGAGGUCGGAUUCUAGACAUUUAGAGGCCCUAUAGGCAAAAUUAAUGUUGGAUGCCCCCAC